AUGUCCUCUCAGCAAGUCGUCCUCCAAGUUAUCUAUCCCCCAUCAGCUGCAUCCAGCUUUAAUAUGGAUUAUUACCUCAACAGCCACAUCCCAAUGGUGAAAAAACGUUGGGGACCACAAGGCCUGCAAAGCUGCAUUGUCACCACUGGAGCGAAGGACGCAGGGUAUUAUGUGCAAACUACGCUGGUUUGGGAGAACAUGACAUCCCUUGAAAACGUGAAGGAUGCCGAUGUUGUGAGAGAAGACGUCAAGAAUUUUACCGAUAUCCCGCCGUACCGUUGGGUUGGUAUUGUUGCUUAUCAGGGAUAG